UUCACUGGCGCUCCAAAACCGCCUUUGCUUUCCGUACAGAUUUACUCCCAGCCACUGUGCACAAUUGGUUUGUCAUAGUAGCCGAGAGCGCAGUUUUUUUCUGGACCCUGAUCACCAGACUUGAAAGAAAAUAAGCCUCUCUUUUUUUUUGUGCUCGCGAGAGUCUUCUGGAUACUCUUUUUUUUUUUUUUUUUUUUUUGUCUCUCUUGUUUUUGUCUUGUAUUAUGACCGGUGAGGUGCCGCUCUUCCAGGUUUCCCGGGACGUGAUGAAGACCCAGCACCGGAGGGUCGAUUUGUGGCGGUGCGCAGGGAUGUAAAAAAAAUAAAUAAAUAAGAAAGAGAGAGAGAGAGAGAGAGAGAAGUGGGGACAGUGUCCGUGGAUGCAACGCCAAGGAAGAGAGCUUGUGCGUUUUGUUUUAUUUUUCUUUUAUUCUCCCCACCUCGGAUAGUGGAGCCACAACCAGACUGAUUCACAGGAUACUAAACCCAGCGGCUGGAUUCGCUGCGCUGUCUCCUCAACCCCCCAUCAAAGUCUUCACGCACGCUGCGCAUCGCCUGAUGAGGACACUUUCUUUCUUUCUUUCUCUUCAUUCUUUUUUUUUUUUAACCCCCCGGGCGAGAAAUUAACGCACGCUUUGAAUCAGCGCGUGUGCGCCCUUCACGUUUUACCGGUGAUCUCCAAACAGCGCGCUGAUUCUACAAGAUUGGGGUCUGGAACCAAGAACCAAGAUGACCAUGACACAACAUGCCUUUAUUACCUGGAAUGUGAUAUGCAGGAUUUGUAAUCAACAGCACUCAAGAGCCGCUCUACAUUCUCGUCUUGAGAUUUUUCAGGGGAAAACAUCUGGGACCAGAUAAAGAAGAUAUUUUGGCCUCGUGGGAGGAGUGGCGCAGUGGAGGGAGCCGUGCCAUAGAGGAAGCAACCAAUUGAGGCACUUGCCAGGGAAAGACUUAGCACUGAGCUCAUCUGGGACUCUGAGCAGCGGGCGGUGAGAGAAGGAGGCCAUGUGGACCGCACGCCUGCUAGUCCUCGCCAGCCUCUUCGCACCAGCCGCACUGGCUUUCAGCAGAGCACCCAUCCCGAUGGCGGUGGUGAGAAGGGAGCUGUCCUGCGAGAGUUACCCCAUCGAGCUACGUUGCCCGGGCACGGACGUCAUCAUGAUCGAGAGCGCCAACUACGGCCGCACAGACGACAAAAUCUGCGACGCAGACCCCGCGCAGAUGGAGAACACGAGGUGUUAUCUUCCAGAUGCCUACAAGAUCAUGUCUCAAAGAUGCAACAACAGGACCCAGUGUGCCGUGAUAGCCGGACCUGAUGUGUUUCCUGACCCUUGCCCGGGAACCUACAAAUACCUGGAAGUCCAAUACGAAUGUGUGCCCUACAAAGUGGAACAAAAAGUAUUCCUGUGCCCAGGGCUUCUGCGCAGGGUAUACCAGAGCGAGCACCUGUUUGAGUCAGACCACCAGUCCGGAGCCUGGUGCAAGGAUCCUCUCCAGGCUUCUGAUAAGAUCUACUACAUGCCCUGGACGCCCUACCGUACGGACACCCUGACUGAAUACUCUUCUAAAGAAGACUUCAUUGCUGGAAGGCCAACAACAACCUACAAGCUGCCACAUCGUGUCGACGGCACAGGCUUUGUGGUCUACGACGGGGCGCUGUUCUUCAACAAGGAGCGCACACGCAACAUUGUCAAGUUUGACCUGCGAACUCGCAUCAAGAGCGGUGAGGCCAUCAUCGCCAACGCCAACUACCACGAUACCUCUCCCUACCGGUGGGGAGGAAAGUCAGACAUUGACUUGGCUGUGGAUGAGAAUGGACUUUGGGUGAUUUAUGCCACUGAGCAAAACAAUGGACGGAUUGUCAUCAGCCAGCUAAAUCCCUACACGCUGCGAGUCGAAGGUACCUGGGACACGGCUUACGAUAAGCGUUCGGCCUCUAACGCUUUCAUGAUCUGUGGGAUCCUCUACGUGGUGAAGUCAGUCUAUGAAGACGAUGACAACGAAGCAACAGGGAACAAGAUUGAUUACAUCUACAACACCGAGCUCAGUAAAGAUGGCUUUCUGGACAUACCUUUCCCCAAUUCAUACCAGUACAUUGCUGCUGUGGAUUAUAAUCCCAGGGACAAUCUGCUAUACGUGUGGAACAACUAUCAUGUUGUCAAGUACUCAUUGGACUUUGGAGCACUGGACAACAGACUUGAAACGUCCUCCUCUGUCAUGGUUUAUAUGGACACCAUGACUUCAACAAUGAGGACCACGACUCGACCCGUCACCGUCACCCUGACAGCCACAACAACCAGGACUACCACCACCAGGAUGCCCGCCACAAUAACUGCAGUGGCUGUGUGGCCACACACAACAACCACAACGCCAUCACCUGUGCAGACACUGGUGAACGCCUUAGAGCCAGAAGAUGAUGACGGAGCUCUGCCUUCCUCCAAGCUUCCGAACAUCAGGGUGGAAUAUUGUAAUCCCUUGGUGAUGAUGGACAUCGCCUGGCCGAAGACCAGGCAGGGCACUAUCGUCAAGAUUCCCUGUCCAUCAGGGACCAUAGGCAUGGCUUCAUUCAUGUGCUUGGGCCCAGAAGGAUACUGGGACCUCCAGGGGCCCGACUUCAGCAACUGUACCUCCCCUUGGGUCAACAUCAUCAAUCAAAAGAUAAAAGCCGGAGAGACGGCAGCUGUGAUUGCCAGAGAGCUGGCAGAGCAAACCAAGAGCAACCUUCAGGCAGGCGACAUCACCUUUACAGUGAGGGCUAUGAUUCAGCUUGUGGAUCUGCUUGACGUCCAGCUGCGGAACCUCACGCCGGGUGGAAAAGACAGCGCAGCGCGAAGCCUCAACAAGCUGCAGAAGAGAGAGCGCUCAUGUCGAUUUUAUGUCCAGGCCAUGGUGGAGACGGUCAACAAUUUGCUGCAGCCACAGGCACAGGCAGCGUGGAGGGAGCUAAGCACCGCGGAGCAGCUGAGAGCUGCCACCAUGCUGCUGGACACGGUGGAGCAGGGCGCCUUCGUCCUGGCUGACAACCUGCUGAAGACGGACAUUGUGCAGGAGAACACCGACAACAUUCAGCUGGAGGUGGCGAGGAUGAGCACAGAUGGGAAUUUGCCUGAUCUGAAGUUUCCACAAACUGGAGGGCAAGGCAACUCGAUCCACCUGUCGGCAAACACACUAAAGCAGCACGGGAGAAACGGUGAAAUUCGAAUAGCGUUUGUCCUGUACAAACACAUCGGCGUUUACCUUUCCACGGAGAACGCCAGCAUGAAGUUGGGCAGCGAAGCUCUGGCUACCAAUUACUCCGUGAUUGUCAACUCUCCCGUUAUCACAGCUGCCAUCAACAAGGACUCUAACAAAGUCUAUCUCUCUGACCCUGUCAUUUUUACCAUCAGGCAUCUGCAGCAAUCUGAGGAAAACUUCAACCCCAAUUGCUCAUUCUGGAGUUACUCCAAGCGCACCAUGAUCGGUUACUGGUCGACGCAGGACUGCCGCUUGCUGAGCACCAACAGGACACACACCACAUGUUCUUGUACUCAUCUCACCAACUUUGCAGUCUUGAUGGCCCACGUUGAUGUUAAGAACACAGACCCUGUUCACGAAAUGCUCCUGGACGUCAUUACAUGGGUGGGGAUCCUGCUUUCUCUGGUGUGUCUGCUCAUCAGCCUCUUCACCUUCUGCUUCUUCCGAGGCCUCCAGAGCGACCGUAACACCAUCCAUAAGAACCUGUGCAUUAGCUUGUUCAUAGCAGAGUCCCUGUUCCUGGUGGGGAUCAACCGGGGGGACCAGCCGAUUGCGUGCGCCGUUUUCGCCGCCCUGCUCCACUUCUUCUUCCUGGCAGCCUUUACAUGGAUGUUCCUCGAGGGGGUGCAGCUUUACAUUAUGCUGGUGGAGGUGUUCGAGAGCGAGCACUCGCGCCGACGAUACUUCUACCUGGUCGGGUACGGCGUGCCAGCUCUCAUCGUGGCUGUCUCAGCGGCAGUGGACUACCGCAGCUACGGAACAGACAGAAUUUGCUGGCUUCGCCUGGAUACAUACUUCAUCUGGAGUUUCAUAGGACCUGCAACCUUGAUAAUUAUGCUCAACGUGAUCUUCCUGGGCAUCGCUCUCUACAAGAUGUUCCAUCACACAGCCAUUCUGAAGCCAGACUCCGGUUGCCUGGACAACAUCAACUACCGUUAUUUUGAUGGAUGUGUUAUUGUAGAAUGGCACUGCCAUCAGGAUUAUGCACCUGAAAUCAAAUCAUGGGUGAUCGGGGCCAUCGCCUUACUGUGCCUUCUUGGGUUGACCUGGGCCUUCGGUCUGAUGUACGUCAAUGAGAGCACUGUAAUCAUGGCGUACCUCUUCACCAUCUUCAACUCCCUGCAAGGGAUGUUCAUCUUCAUCUUCCACUGUGUGCUGCAGAAGAAGGUGCGUAAAGAGUACGGGAAGUGCCUGCGUACACAUUGCUGCAGCGGCAAAAGUGUGGACAGCUCCAUUGGCUCUGUGAAGGGCACCGCCUCUCGUGCUCCAGGACGGUAUUCUUCUGGGUCACAGAGCCGCAUCCGUCGAAUGUGGAACGACACAGUCAGAAAGCAGUCUGAGUCCUCUUUUAUGACCGGAGACAUCAACAGCUCGGCGUCGCUCAACAGAGGGGCUAUGGCUAACCAUCUUAUACCUAAUGCACUCCUACGUCCUCAUGGCACUAACAAUCCCUAUAAUACAUUGCUUGGGGAGUCUGCCGUUUAUAACAACCCUCUGGGCAUGUACAACAUUCAAGAGCCCUACAGAGAGACAAAGGGAAUCCUGAACAAUGCCCGGGAUACAAGUGUCAUGGAUACUCUACCACUGAAUGGUAAUCAUGGCAACAGUUACAGCAUCGCCAGUGCUGAGUACAUGAGUGACUGUGUUCAGAUUAUUGAUCGGGGAUACAACCACAAGGAGACCACCCUGGAAAAGAAGAUCCUGAAAGAGCUCACGUCCAACUAUAUCCCCUCUUACCUUAACAAUUCCCAUGAGCGCUCAAACGAGCAGAACCGGAACCUCGUGAACAAACUGGUUAAUAAUGUUAGCAACGGCGGCAAAGACAGUGGCUAUGGCAUGGGCUUGGGAGUGGGGAUUGGCAUGAAUGUUGCGCUUAACCUCAACGAUCACUCCACCUUUGGUACCCACAAUGAUGAAGGCCUGGGUCUGGAGUUGAUACGCGAGGAGUCCAAUGCCCCGUUGUUGCCACAAAGACCACUGCCUCCCCUGCAGGCAGUCGACAACCUUCACAAUCAGCUUCAGCAGUCCAUGUCACCACCCCUUCCGCUCCCCCAUCAUCCCUUCUCCUCUGCCUCCAACUCCUCAUCUUCUCGAAGGAGGAUCCCCCAGGAGAACAGUGAAAGCUUUUUCCCCUUACUCAACAAUGAGCAUAACGAGGAUGAAGGUUCAUCACCCAGCCACAGCCACCAGAGAGACUCCCUCUACAACAGCAUGCCAAUGUUGCCUGGCCUGCCCGAUGUGUCUGCAGAGUCCACCGAUGGCUCCAAGGAGAGUGGAGAUGCCAAGAGUCCAGAGGCAAGCUUAGACGACGUUUACUACAAGAGCAUGCCCAACUUGGGCUCCCGUAAUCACCUCCAUCAGCUGCAUUCCUACUACCAGCUGGGACGAGGCAGCAGCGAUGGUUUUGUCGCACCCCCUAACAGAGAGGAUCUUUCUGCAGGAGAGGCUCACCCAGAGCCCUCACACCUGGUCACCAGCCUAUAGGCCCAGAAACCCUCAACAAACCCGUGUUUCCUUUUGUUUCCCUAAGUCCUCUUCCAAGUUCACUCACUCCAUCUAUUGUUGGAAGUGGUAGCCAUUGUUUUUAAUGUUGUCCUGAAGACUGAGACAGCUUGGCUCUCACCGUUACUGACCACAAACAGGAUAAGAUUUGCUAUAAAAAGAGAGCGGAAGUGACUAUCUUUGGUUAGAUAUUCCAGGAAGUUGAUGUUGUGUCCCCAGCCUCCUCCCUCGUUUUGAACCCCUCUCCAGUUUGAUGUGUUUUGUCUCCAUCUAAUAAGAGACAUCCACGAAAAAUGUACGCCUCAGCGAUAUAGUCGAGAGGAACCGGACAGUUCCAAAGUCUGAACUCAAAGACUUCAACAGAAUAAAUGGGGAAUUUAAAGAAAAAAGGACUAUUUUAUUAUACUUCUGUAACUAUAUUGACUUUUUGAAAUAUUUUCUUCCUCUUUGGUGAGUUGCAGCACAUUUUGUUUGCUGAAGUGUUCCUCCAAAAUAAGAAAAAAAAAAAAAAAAAGUACACUUACACUUUGGACAUUUGCCAUGAAGGAAUUAUAGAUUGUAUGCUUUCAAGCAUAGCUGUUCUUAUUUCAUUUAUUUUAUUGUAACAUUUGUUAAGAGGGAGAAAAAACUAAUGAGAGAAUUAUGACAUAUUUCUAUGUGACUGUACAGAUAACUAGCAUUGCACAUGAUAUACUUUUUCUCACCUUGGUUUUGUUUUGCUGUAUUUUGUUCUGGGCGAACCUUUUCUCUGUAAAUUUAGUGAUUAGGAACAGUUUCAUUCUAUUGUGCUGACCUCUGAAUUUUGCUCUGUAUCGCUCUGGUUUUCUGUUAUGUCACAAAUCUCAAUAGAAUCAGAAAAACCUAAAGAAAUUACACUCUGGUCGUUCUGGCAUUGCUGUGAAACGUGCUCGCUUCUGUUUCUGGGUCAGUUUUUAAUUCUUGUUUGAGUUUACUUCCCACUCUUUUUUUUUGUUCUUUUACUGUGUAGAUAGCAAAACUUCAAGGAGACGGGAUUGCAAAAUCCCUCAGAAAAGUUCAUAGUGCAUUCUGCAUUUGUAUUGACACUUGGAAAAUAGCUCAUGCUUCUUGGACGAGGGGACGGGUCGAACUGAGCCUCGAUGUGCACCAGGCACUUGUAUAAAUAAAGAAAGUUUGUUGUUUUACUUAUUAAAGAAAGAGCUUUUGGAGUGAGAAAAACCA